GUUGGUCCGGUCGCCCGGUCAGUUCGUCCAUUCAGACCGGGAUAUCGACGAGGUUGGUCCGGCCACCCGGUCAGUUCGUCUGUUCAGACCGGGAAAGACCAGGUUGGACGUUCACCCGGUCAGUUCGUGCGUUCAGAUCCGGAAAUUGACCAGACCCGGUUGGUCCGGUCGCCCGGUCAGUGCGUCCGUUCAGACCGGGGAAUGGACCAGGUUGGUCCGGUCGCUCGGUCAGUUUGUCCGUUCAGACCGGGGAAUCGACCGGGCCCGGUUGACCGGGUCCGGUCG